CCCUUGUUUUAAUUAUUGUUUGAACAAUAACACCAACCAAAUACAUUCUAGAGUCUAGACAGUAUAGCUAAUUGCAAAUUCUAUUCUCCAUCCCAUAGAUCCAUCUAUCAGUAGUUGAGAAAAAGAAGAUGAAUGAUAAAAAGCAAUUGAAUCCAGCAAUGGGUUAUGUUGUUGUAAGUAGUCUACUAGGAACAGUAAAUCAUCUAAAGCUUCUUCUUCUUCAGAAACAACCCCCACAUAAUAAUCCUUGUUUUACUACUCUUCCUGAUGAUGCUCAAAUCAUCCUAUCCAUCUUAAAGGAGAAGCUCCAUUUCCUGCAAGCCUAUCUAGACAAACCUAAGCCCAAAAUUACCACUGAUCCCGAUCGCGUGGCAGUGAAAAGGCUGGAUGAAGAAAUCAGAGCUGUAGCAAUGAAAGCAGAAGAUGAAAUCGAGUCCAAACUGGGUGAAAUUUACCAGGUGCAGGGUGAGGGAGUAGCAGUAAAGGCUUGUGAAGAUCUUCAUCGGAGCUUGCAGCAAGUAGUGAAGGAUUUUGAGUGUGUUGAAGUGCAAAUCAGAGAUCUGCCAAUGAGACAUACCGCCUCAAUUGAUGAUGCUUCUUCUUCUCCUUCUUCUUCAACACCACCUUGUUUACAGCUACACAACGUCUCCUCCAACUAUGAUUUAGAGAAUACAAUGUUUGGAAUCGAAGGUGGUGAUGAGAAAAUAAAACGCAUGCUCAUUCAAACUUCUUUGUCCACUCAACUACAAGUGGUUUCAAUUUCGGGAUUGAGAGGGACAGGUAAGACUACUUUGGCCAAAAAAGUUUACGAAGAUCCAUCUAUUGUGUCUCACUUUGACAUUCAAGCAUGGACGAUUGAAGGUGGAGUACACAGUCUGAGAGAUAUACAGAUUCAUAUUCUAAGCUGUAUUGUGUCAUUGACCAAAGAAGAAAUCUCCAAACAAAAUGAUGAGCAGCUAGCAGAGCAACUCCGCAAACUUCUGAGGGGCCAAAGGUAUUUGAUUGUCAUUGAUGAUCUUUUCUCCACAACGCCAUGGAAUGACCGUUGGACAUCACAGGGGAUAUGGGAUGGAUUCAUGAGAUCAUCUUUUCCAGAUGAUGGAAAUGGAAGCCGAGUUCUGAUAACUACUCGGGAUAUGAAAGUGGCUGAAUUUGCUAGCGACUCAGAUAUGUGGAUUUUCUACACAGAUGGUCUGAAACCAGAAGAAAGCUGGAAAUUAUUAAGCAGAACUGCAACGUCUAAUGGAAAAUGGAGUAGUGUACCCCCUGAAUUUGAGAAAAUAGGGAGAUGCAUUGUUGAGAAAUGUAUGGGAAUGCCACUAGUAAUUGUUUGGAUUGGUGGACUUCUGGCCACACUCAACAACUCACCAAGGCAGUGGGAGGAUAUUCUGUUGAGCAUUCCAUCAAGCCGAAAUUCAUGUGAAAAAGUUGAUAAAGUUAUGGGUAGCUGAAGGAUUUGUAAACUCGGAGAUGAACAAGAGUUUGGAAGAGGUAGCUAAAGAUUAUCUGUGUGAUCUUAUCAAUAGAAGGCUAGUUCAAAUUCACAAGAAGAGU